UGUUGGAAUGCGAAAUGAGUAGUGAGGGAGAAGACUCCCAGAACUAUCAAUUCCAAGAUGAAAAUUUGGAGUUUGAUGAAGAGGAAUCUGAUAAUAAUCUUGACGAGGUCAUAUCAAAUGCAAACAAACAGCUAAAGAGUCAGGAAAAAGAGAUUCAAAAGUUAGAAGACCAGUUAAAACAAAUUGAAGAUCAGGAUAAUGAAAUGACACAGAUGAGAAUCAGGUGAGAAAUGGUACAGCAAGAAAUUGAUGAGCUUAAUAAUCCCAAUACACAAACUCUGGCGGAGAACCCUCUUCUGGUCUCUAUUACGGAUUAUACCAAUAAGAAUAAACAAUUUGAGAAAAUCUUUGGAAAAUUUAGAGAAGUUUCAGCUGGCUUGGAUAAGGCUAAUGAUUUACACCAUCAAAAAGUCCUUCAUUUAGAGGAUGGUUUCAAAAAUCUUGAGAAUAUUCUCAUGUGUGUAGACAAAAGUGUCAGCAAAAUUCUUGAAAAUCCCAUUGACAUACAGGAUGAGCAGUUAGAGAAAGACAUAGAGUACAUGAACGAAGAGAGAAAGAAUCAUAGGUCAUCACUCAUAAAAUUGAUCGACAGUAUUACUAAUAUAAAUGUUGAAGAGAAUGAUUCAAAAGAGCAGAUCAAUCGUCUGAGCGAAAUUGUGAAAAAGUAA